AGCAAAUACUGUAUUGCAAAGGCGCACUUGUUCAUGAAGCUGUUGAUGUAAAACUUGGAUUCAGGCGGCAGGAAUGUUGAACGACCACUCAGACAUAUCUGCGUCGCCAAAUCCCAGUAACUACUUUAUUGACGCCUUAGUUCCUGCUGACUCGUCUGUUUCCAUUUCAGGCCUCAGUUCCGAGCUUUAGUAUCUUAGCUUCAGGAUCAUGCUACAUACGCCAUGCGGUUUCUGCCUUGUAAUUAGUCGACCCGCCCCGCACAUUUAUCUAUCUCCCUCGAUCAUUACUUUUGAAUCGGCUCUUCGGCAAAGGAGCAACGUUUGACUCUGUAAUGACUCGUAGCCUGAAAUAGGUAUUUAAGACACACUCAAGACCUCCUCUUUGUAAUGCAUCUUCUUUGCAGACUUCACGCUCUAACUGCAGAGUACAACAUCACAGAACAAAUAUUCCCGUCCCGGCAGUAGCUACGAAACUACGUUUAAGAACAGCGUUUUACAACUCAAGAUGAAGCUCGGAUUCUUUACUGCUCUUUCUAUCUUUUUAGCUAUCCAGCCGGUCACUGCUCGAUUUUGCUCUCUUAAUGCCAUCGAAUGCACCUAUGACAGUGGCCGCCGCUGUGCUAAGUGGUGCCCCCAGGUUGACUGUGGCUGCGCUGAUUUCAAGGACGGCUAUGGCAACCUUCAAUCUUCAAAGUGUAUAACUGAGGCUGAGUGGCUCGGUCGUCAUAAGUGCGGCUAGUUAGGGAGGAGACAAUGCAAUAGUAGCGCUAUUGAUAAAGCUAUUAAAUUGAAUAGGCUUAGGGUUAGGCUACAUCUAGGUCUAAGUUGCUUAUAUAUAAGCUUAAGUAGAGAGUAUAACUAGCCUCUUUUCUUCCCUAAAGCCUAAAUGUAGCCAACAACUGCUAUUUAGCCCGCGCCUUAUACUUCUCAACAAGCCUCUUCUGUAUAA